GGUCUCAGGAUGAGCCUCGGUGCGGGGAUCGUCGGCUGGGCGCGGGUGUCCGCCUUCCGCUUCUUGCUGCCGAGGGGCUACCUAUCGGUUCUGCCUGCAGGCAUUGAGAGACUUCUUUCCACAGCGGAGUCCGUACCUCGGAUCUGUGUCGUGGGCAGUGGGCCGGCUGGAUUCUACACAGCACAAUACCUCCUGAAGCAUCACAAGCUGGCUCAGGUGGAUAUUUACGAGAAGUUGCCAGUUCCCUUCGGCCUGGUUCGCUUUGGAGUGGCUCCAGAUCACCCCGAAGUCAAGAACGUGAUCAACUCAUUUACUCAGACGGCACGCUCUGGGCGCUGUACCUAUUCCGGCAACGUGACGGUGGGGAAGGACGUCACUGUGAAGGAGCUGCAGGAGGCGUACCAUGCAGUGGUCUUGAGCUAUGGAGCCGAGAACAGUCGCGCCCUUGGCAUUCCCGGGGAGGACCUCGCGGGAGUUUAUUCGGCGAGAGCAUUUGUGGGGUGGUACAAUGGCCUGCCCGAGAACAGGAAUCUGAAGCCCGACCUGAGCAGCGAGACGGCGGUCAUCUUGGGGCACGGGAAUGUGGCUCUGGACGUUGCCCGGAUUCUGUUGACUCCUCUUCGAGAGCUUCGGAAAACUGACAUCACUGAAAAGAGUCUCACGGCCUUGGCCCAGAGCAAAGUGAGGAGAGUGCAUCUGAUAGGGAGGCGAGGCCCCCUCCAGGUGGCCUUCACCAUAAAGGAGCUGCGGGAGAUGAUCAACCUGCCCAGUGCCCGGCCCCUCCUGAAUCCUGCAGAUUUCAGAGACCUUGCAGACGCUAUCAAAGAUGUUCCCAGGCCUAGGAGACGGCUGACUGAGCUGCUAGCCAAGACAGCGUUGGAGGAACCCGACGAGCAGGUGGCUGGCCGUUGGGCUGUGGCAUCCCAAGAGUGGAGCCUGAAGUUCUUCCGCAGCCCUCAGGAAGUGCUGCCCACCUCUGACGGAAAGUGGGCCAGAGCGAUCCGCUUGGCUGUCACCAGGUUGGAAGGCUCGGGAGAGUUUGCCAAGGCAGUUCCCACCGGAGAGGUUGAGGUGCUAAUGAGUGGGCUGAUUCUGAGCAGCAUCGGUUACAAGAGCCUCCCGAUUGACCCUGCGGUGCCCUUUGACUCCAGGCAGGGCAUUAUCCCCAACAAUCUGGGCAGAGUCCUCGGGGCGCCAGGGCUGUACUGCAGUGGCUGGGUCAAGAGGGGGCCCACCGGUGUGAUCAUCACCACCAUGAAUGAUAGCUUCGAAACGGCGCAGUCCAUCCUGGAGGAUCUGCAGUCGGGUGCGCUGGCCCACACGGGUGCCAAGGAAGGCAUGGACUUGGUGAGGAGCACCCUUCAGUCCCGAGGGAUUCGGCCAGUUUCCUUUUCAGACUGGGAGAAGAUUGAUGCUGCUGAAGUCACAAGAGGCAAACUGGUUGGGAAGCCCCGGGAGAAGAUAGUAAAUCCCCAGGAGAUGCUGGAAUUGAUUGGUCGCUGAGACGGAUGCUUGCCUUGUGAGAGUUGGCCGAGAGCGGUGGAUGCUUGGGCCUGGCACCUCUCAGUGCUGCUCAGUCUGCAAAAGAUGGUGCAGCCAUUCAUUGUCAUUCCACAGAUGAAUGCGGGGUGUGGUAGGGAAAUGACUGAAUGAACCAGCUGCAGUUGUCAGGACUACAAGCGGGACCAUUUGGUCCAAGGUCCUGUCCAUCUUGGUCCUGAUUUUACAGAGGAUGCCUCUCUCUAUUUGGCACUUACUCCUGAUUUAGACUCCUGCUCUAAUAGACGUAGAGCCCCUGCAGAGCCCAGGCACACACGGCCUCACUCUGUGCAAGCACAGUGGCUUCUCUGUUUGCCACCAGCGCUGCAGGAAAGGGGGCCUUGAAGGGCUGGAUCCCAUGUCAUGUCAGUGGACUUCCGCUGAAGCAGCAGAGCUUUCCCGCUCCCUCUGUCCUCCUGCAGACCCCCAAGCACUUUGCGGAUCUGCUCUGGAGGCUCUCCCAACCCUUCAAAAUAGACUUUAGGCAGGUGGAGAUUGCAGGGGGAGGAGAAAACCAUUAGGCUGGUGUUUUCUGUUUCGCUAGUAGAGGACCAAUGUUGGAUCCAACCGUAAAUCAUCCAAGCAAUAUUAAAAAAAUUAAAUUUCAGGGUUUUAUAAAUGUGACUUAGUGCCUUACUUGCUCUUGCAAGGUUUUGUGGGUGGGCUUUUAUUCUGCGGGGGGGGGGGGCAAAUGUCUGUGGUUCUUGGUUUUGACCCAUUCACAUCUCCACAUAUGUGGCUUAUGAGAACUGUUUGAAGAAAAUGCUGGAAACCCAGAACUUGCGAGUGAGAGAGGAACUCAGUGUGAAUCGAAUAAUCAUGAGGAUGAGCCAAAUAAGAAAGGCGGCAUCAGUCACCUUUCCCCUUCUCUCUGAAACUCAAUUCGUCCUCUGUGCCUGCACCCCAGCUUUGAUGUCGGAUUGCAGAUUGUAGAAUCAUUUGCAAAAUAAAGAUCUUUCUCAAACAGAAGGUGAACCUG